AUGUCAUACGUUAAUCCGCCGCUAUAAAUACCUCCCCCAACCCUUUUCUCUCUUCACAACUCUCGUUUUCACAACAAUCUAUACACACAUCUAUACAUACAUUUUCUCACUCUUUCUUAUCAAUGGCAUCUGACAAGAAGAUUAAGAUCGGAAUCAACGGAUUUGGAAGGAUCGGACGAUUGGUGGCUAGAGUAGCUCUCCAGAGAGACGAUGUUGAGCUCGUCGCUGUUAACGAUCCUUUCAUCACUACUGACUACAUGACGUAUAUGUUUAAAUACGACAGUGUUCAUGGACAAUGGAAGCAUAAUGAGCUUAAGGUUAAGGACGAGAAGACUCUUCUCUUUGGUCAGAAGCCAGUCAAGGUGUUUGGCAUCAGGAACCCAGAGGAUAUCCCAUGGGGUGAAGCUGGAGCUGACUUUGUCGUCGAGUCUACUGGAGUCUUUACUGACAAGGACAAGGCUGCUGCUCACUUGAAGGGUGGUGCAAAGAAGGUUGUGAUUUCUGCUCCUAGCAAAGAUGCACCAAUGUUUGUUGUUGGUGUUAAUGAGAAGGAAUACAAGCAUGACCUCGACAUUGUCUCCAAUGCUAGCUGCACUACCAAUUGUCUUGCUCCUUUGGCCAAGGUUAUUAAUGAUAGGUUUGGCAUUGUUGAGGGUCUUAUGACCACUGUCCACUCUAUCACCGCCACACAGAAGACUGUGGAUGGCCCAUCAAGCAAGGACUGGAGAGGUGGAAGAGCCGCUUCUUUCAAUAUCAUUCCUAGCAGCACUGGAGCUGCCAAGGCUGUUGGAAAGGUUCUCCCAGCACUCAACGGUAAAUUGACCGGUAUGUCCUUCAGGGUACCCACUGUGGAUGUUUCAGUUGUGGACCUUACUGUGAGGCUUGAGAAGAAGGCCACAUAUGACCAGAUUAAAGCUGCCAUCAAGGAGGAAUCUGAGGGAAAGCUCAAGGGCAUCUUGGGAUUCACCGAGGAUGAUGUUGUUUCAACAGACUUUGUUGGUGAUAGCAGAUCAAGCAUCUUUGAUGCUAAAGCAGGGAUUGCUUUGAACGAUAACUUUGUGAAACUUGUCUCGUGGUACGACAACGAAUGGGGUUACAGUUCUCGUGUGAUUGACUUGAUCGUUCACAUGGCAUCCGUCCAAGCUUAAUGCUGUUACAUUGAUGAUAUCACAAGCCCCUUUUGGUCUAUGGGAGUCUUUGAAGUUUUUAGUAUCUUGUUACCAGCAUAUUUGUAUUUGAAAUAAAAUAGACUUUGUUUAUCAUAUAAUUUGGUGAAGCAGAGUUCGUUUCUAUUUGGUUUAGUGUGGAGUAUAUUUUUUCCGGAAAAGAAACAGUCGAACAGUCUGAUUAUAUAUGAAUUAUAUUCGAGAGUUUCUAUUUAAA